AUGUCUUCUCCUUCGAACUACCGCAAGAACGAACCUGUCGUCAUCGUCGGGGCUGGGAUUUUUGGUCUGUCAACUGCCCUAGAGCUACCCCGGCGUGGGUUUUCGAACAUCACAGUGUUGGAUCGAUACCAGGCUCCCGUUCUCGAUGGAAGCAGUGUCGAUCUUACCAGGAUCAUUUGCGUGGAGUAA